AUGGAUAGAUCUAAGCCAAUUGCAACGAACGGGACAACGAAUGAAGGUGGAAUGCACAACAGCGGAAUAGAGGAACUUGCGGCUGAAGUCGUCAAAGGUGUGCUCUCGUCUAGGAAUGACAUCACUCCAUCUCCUUUGAAAGCCUACGCCGUCAAGGAAAAUCGAAAUCUUAGCCUCUUAGGAAAGACAGUCAACCCAGAGCUUUACAUCCAUGUGGAUCAUUAUCUCGUAAACGAUAUCGACAAGAAACUGGCUGAAUUCCUAAAGAAUUCUGCUUCUUCAAAUCUCGAUGACGAAAUAACUGAAGUCAAGCGUUUAAGUGACAAGAUCUCCAUUCAUCGAUCAUCAAGCACAACGGGGUUGAAGAAAAACGAGUUGUUCAUUGGCCACUUCGACGACAAAGAUGUCAUGGACAUUGGAGAGUUUCAUCAAUUUAUACGCCACGUUGGAAUAUUCAGAAUAUUGCACAAUGGAAAGUCCAGCCCGGCCGCAAGGAAAGAUCUCUUAGAGAAGAAAAAGAAGAUCCAUGAUAAGUUUGAGCGUGGGCUUACUCCUAUUGGUAGUGUGCCCAGCUCGAAGUGGCAAUGCAGGUUAGUGCAAAUGUGA